AUGUCUCAAACUCCUGAAUAAAAUCGUAAUUAAGAAGUGUGGCUUCGAAAUUCGCUCAACAAGAACAAUAGAUUAGAAUUUGAAAUAAAGAGCUUGCAAAAUGAAGUGAGAACCAAAAAUUAGUAAUUAUCAUAACUGGAAUUGGAUUAUAAAGGUCAAGUGAAUUAAAUAUAACAGCAAAUUCAAAUUAAUCAAUAAUUAUAACUUCAAAUUCAAUAGAUUUCAUAGCUUAACCUUGAUCAAAAGAGAGCAAUUGAAUAAUUAACUGACUAAAAUAAUUAAUUGAAAAAUUAGCUGAAGCAGGUUUAGGAAACUAAUAACAUUGAAAAAAAUUAAAGUAAAUAACUUUUAGAAAGAGCUAAUCAAGAUAUUUAGAAAUUAAAGAAUGAAAUCAUGUAAUUGUAAAGAAAUAAUGACAGUUUGUAAUAAUAAAAAUAAUAUCAAAUUUCAUUAUUGGAUACUAAUUCUAAAAAAAUUAUAGAAGAACUUUAAGAAUAAAUUCGUAAAAUAUAAUUAUAAUCAACAAGUAAGAUAGAAUAAUUGGCAUCUGAAUUGUCUUUAAAAAAUGAUUAAUUAGACAAAUUAACUAAGGAAGUUAAUAUAAAAAAGAAUGAGAUCUAUUAAAGCACUGCUAAUUAUGAAGCUGUAAAUGCUACAAAAUCACAGUAACUAAUUCAAGCAUAAUAAAUAUAAUAAAAACUAUAAUAAGAUUUUAAUGAUAAGCUUUAAUAAUUCUAAAUGUAAGCCUAAAUGAAAAUUACUUAAAUGGAGUAAGAAAUUAUUUAAAAAAAUACAAUAAUAGAAAAGGCUAAUUAAGAUCUAGCUAAAAAAGUCUAAGAAAUUAAAGAAAACAAUUAGCAUUAUGAGUAGAUUAAUAUCCAGAAUCAAAAGAAGCUAUAAGAAAUGAUGAUUCAAGUUUAGAAAUUGUAAUUAUCUAUUGAAUCAGAAAACACUUAAUUUGAUAGAAAAAAAGAUGAUUUUAAAGUUUAAAUUGAAAACCUAUAAAAAGAUUUGAGUAUGUAAUAAUAAUCUUCCAAUUAAUAUACAUAAAAAUUAAAUAAUGAAAUCAAUCAACUAAAAAAUCAAAAUUUGGAUUUGUAAAAGUAAUUAAGUGAGAAACAUAAAAAUUAUUGUCUAUCAUAGUCAGAAUCUGAUGCUUAGAUUAAAUAACUAAAUAUAUAAAUUGCUUCAUUUUAGAAGGAAAUUUAAUUAAAAAAUUAGUAAAUUUAGUAAUUUGAAAGUUAAUUAUUAGAAACAAAGGUUUUAAAAAAUUAAGAAAUAGAAUAGUUAAAAUUAAAGUUUGAUUAGAGAGAGAAAGAACUAUUGAUGUAGAAUGAUUAAGUAACUAAUAAUAGUAAAAUUUAAUCGUAAAGAGUAGUAACAUUAUCAAGUGAAGAAUUAAGCCGAUAAGUUAAAUAAGUGGAUUAAUUUUGGUCUGAAAAAUAUAAUAAUUUGUCAAAUAAAAUGAAAGAUGAUAUUUAGCAAUUAUCUUAAUAAUACUAAAUGUAAUUGGAUUAGAUGGAAUAAGCUAACAAAAAUAAAAUAAAGAUUAUAGAAUAAAAUCAUGAAAAAUAAUUAAGUUCUUAAAAAGAAAUGUUUAAUUAAUAAAUGAAACUACAAAAUAAAUAAAUUUUAGAUUUACAAAAAGAUAAAGAGAAUUCUUAAAUUGAAUUAGAUGUUAUGAAAGUGAAGUUAAAUGAACUUUAAGAUAAAGCCCAUAACUUCAGCAAUAGAGAUUAAAGAAAAGAUGAAUUAAUUUAAAGUUAAAUGGCAACACUUAAAAAUAGCAAAGAAGGUAUUUAUUAUUAUUAUUAUUAGAGUUAUUAAAUGUAAUUAACUAAUAAAAUUUAGCUCAUAAAAAAGAGAUUUUUACUUUGUAAACAAAAAUAGAAAAUUUAUAACAUUAAUAUGAAAAUUCAGUCAGAGAAGUAAAGGAAAUAAAAGAGAAAUUAAGACAAUCUCAAUUGGAAGCAUAAUAAGUUUAAAAUUUAAGUCAUUAAAAAAGCAAGGAAAUUUUAAAUGCUCAUGCUGAGAAGGAAUCUGAGAUAAUAAAAUUAUAGUCUGAAUUAUAGAGAAUGGAAAGUUUAUAUAAGUAAGUAGUAUUAGAAUUAAAAAUUAUUAAUGAAUAGAAGAAUGAUCUUUAAAUUAUUGAUGAUUUUUAAUUAAAAGAGAAAGAUGUAGAAAUUGUAAAUUAGAAAAGUUAGAUUUUGGAAUUAAAAUAGAAAUUAUCUUUAUUAUAAAAAAGACUUAAUGAAUUUGAAUUGUAACUAUCAAAUGCUAAUAAAAAGUUAACAUAAAAAGAUUAAGAAGCUAAAAAAGAAAUUGAAAUGCUAAACUAGAGAAUUUUAAUUCAAAAAAGAUAAAUUUAAGAAGAAAGAGAAAGAUGUGAAGAAUUAGCAGAAGCUUAAGAAAUAGAAGUAUAGACUUGGAAUGAAAGAUUGAAGGAAUAAUAAAAAUUGAAUGAAGAUUUAAUUGCUUAAUUAAUGAAAUUAUAAUAGUAAACAUCCUAAAAUUCAAGUUUGAUGAAUGAGUUGUAUAAUUUGAAAUAAUAAUUUGAAAUAGUUACUAACUAAUAUAAGUAAUUAUAAGAGGAUGCAGAAGAAGCAACCAAAUAAAAAAGCAUGAUAAAAAAUGUUUAAAUAUCAACCUUAUAAAAUCAUUAUAACAAAUAGAUGGAUGUUUUAACUAAAUAAUUAGAAGAAAUGAAGUAAUAAAAUUUAAAUUAGAAACUAGAUUUUCCGAUCAUGGACUUUAAUGUUCAAAUUAUAGCAUUAAAUGAUUUAUUAGUCAAAAAGAAUGCUGAAAUUAAUUAAUUAAAGUCAUAGGCACAAUUUAAACUAUUAGAAAAGGAUAAUGUAAUUGAUUAACAAAGAGAAUAUACUUAAAAAUUGUAAAAUGAAUUGGAAAUAUUGAAAUAAUAAUUAAUGGAUUAACAAGAAUUUUAAGAAAGAGCAGAUAAUCUAUAAAUGAUUAAUGAGGAAAAAGACAAUACAAUACUAUAUUUGAAAGAAGAAAUAGCUAAACUAAAAUAAGAAAAUAAAUUAAUUAAAGGAAAGUUGGACCUAAAAGAGUAAUCAAUGGUGGUAAUAUAAGAUUAACAGCAGUUGAUUAAAUAAUUAAAGAUAGAAUUGUAAGAUAAGUAAAAGAAUGUUCAACCAAAAUAAGUUGCAAUAUCUCAUUUAUAAACAAUGAAAAGUUCAAUUCAUAGAAUGAGUAAAAGAUCAGAAUCAAGUAGAUAAGAAAAAUCUGAAGUUGAUUGGAAUGGAGAAUCCUAGUUUUUAUUAGGAAAUGCAAAUCACUAAUUACCAUGUUUCAAUUAAUAAUCUUAAGAUUCAUUUAAUGAUAACAAACUUAUUGAGAGAAUGAAUUCAGAAAUUGUUGAUACUAAUAUGAAAUUAAGAAAUUAAGUUGAUUUACUCAAUUAAGAUAAAUAGAAUCUAUAAAAGGAUUUAACAAAGACAACUUAGACUUUGAAUUAAGCAAAAAAUGAAAAUAGUGAAUUGAUUCUUAAAAUUUAAUACAUUUAAAAGGCUUUGGAAUCUUCGUAGCAAAAGUAUGAAUUAUUGGAGAGAGAAACAAAUUAAAAAAAGAAAUAAGAAAUGAGCAUAGUUUCAUUUGAUGAUUAAAUGAAUUCCAAAGUAAAGACUUUAAAUACAUAGUUGGAAAAUUUAUAAUAAUCUAAAACUUAAUAAACUUAAUUAAUAACUCAUUUGUAGUAGGAAUAAUCUGAAUUAUACAAAUAGAUUGAUAGAAUCAACGAUUAAAAUAAAGAAUUAAGAAAAAAUAUUACUAUAAUAAAUGAAUUAAAUAAAAGUUAAGAAUAGCAAAUACUUGAAUUGUAAAUGAAAUUAAAAUAAGAAUAAAUAGUAAUGGUUAAGUAAAAUUCAGAAGUUCGAGUAUUUUAAAUGAAAUAGGAUUAGACUUCUUAAAUUGUAUCUUUUGAAAAUUAAUAAUUAAAAUAAUAGAAUUAAGAGUUGUAGAAUAAAUUAUUAGAAUAAAAUUAAAUAAUAUCUGAGUAUGAAAAUUAAAAACAAAAAUAAAUUGAAAUUUAAAAGAGGUACGAGGAAUAAUAAAAAUAAUUGAAUUUUUAUCUAGAAAAAAUUGACAAUUUAGAAAAUGAAAAGAGAUAGUAAGAAUAAGAAUAAAAUAAGAUAAUAAUGGAUAGUAAUAAACUAUUAGUGAAAAAUGAAGAUUAUGCUAUAAAAGUCAAUCAAUUAGAAAAGACUUAUUAAUAAUUAAAGUAAGAAUUAAAAGAACAAUAAGUUUAACAUGAAAAGUAAUAAGUAUUUUUAGAAAGAGAAAAAUAAUAAUUACAAUCUCAAGUGAAAUUGUUAAAUAUUUCUUUGUAAAAUUUGUAGAGAUUAAGUAAAUCAUAGGGUUCUGAGGAUGAAACUAAAAUUAAUCAAUCAGUUAUGGAUAAAUAAAUAAAUGAAUUAAAUUCUAAAUUACAAGAAAAAAUUAUUCAAAAUAAAAGUCUUUAGUAAUAAACAGAGUAAUAAAAUGUAGAGAUUAGAAGUUUAAAUUAACAAAUAUAAUCUUUAUAAUAGAUGUAUUUACCUGUUUAAAAUUAGAUGGAGGAAUUAUAAGUUUUAAUAUAAUAACAAUAAAAAUAAAUUGAAAAAUAAGCACAAUAAUAAACGACGUUUUCUUCAAUAUAGAAAAUUAGUGAUUAGGAGAAAGAAAUAUAGGAGAAAUAAAAAAUAAUAGAAGAAAUAAAUUAUAAAAAGAAUUCAUUAGAAUAGUAAUAAUAGAAUAACGUUAGAGAUAUGAAUGAUCUUCGAUAAAAGAUUACAUAAUACCAAUUAAUUAAUGAACAAUUAAAUGAAUAGAUCGAUUAAUUAAUAAAUGAUUAAGAAUAAAUUAAAUUAGAACAUGAAUAAAAGAUGAUAGAUUAUUAAAAUAGUGUAAGGAGAUAGAUAUAAACAUUUCAUAAUAAUUCUGUUGAUCUUUUAGAUUAAGUUGAUUAAUUGAAUAAAUAAAAUUAAGAGAGUAAACAAUAAAUAAUAAGAUUAAGCUAAUAAUUAAGAGAACGAGAAUUUGAGAUUUAAAGAUAAUAAAAAGAUUUUUUAUAAUAAUAAAAUAAUUAAUAAGAGUUAUAACUUUCAUUAGCGAAUGAAAAUGAAUAACUUAAAAAUUAGUUACAUUAUUUAGAGAUUGAGUUAUAGAAUGUAAAAUUUAAAGAUAAUCAAUCAGUUACAAAUUUAACAGCUUCUUAAGAAUUGAAAUUCAAGAAUUUAUAUGAAGCUUUAUAAGAAAAAGAAAACAAAACUAAUUAAAUGAACAAAGAAUUGUAACAUUAAUUAGUAUUGUAUGAUAAAUAAGCAAAAACAUUGUAAAAUAGAAUCACUCAUUUGGAAGAUGAAAUUAAAUAAUAUUAAGAAAAGGAAUCAAUAAAUUAUGAAUCAGCUGUUACUUUCCAUUAACCAGAGGAUAUUUAAUAAUUGCAUGAAUAAAAUAUAAAGUUGACAAGUUAGGUUUAAAUGUUUUCAUCAUAACAUUUUCAAUUAGAAAAACAAAUAAAUGAAUAUGAUGAAAAAAUUAAAUACCUAUAAUAUAAGUAAGAAACUUAAAUUAAAUAAUUAACAGAAGAACAUAAAUAAAAACAAUAAAAGAUCAAUGAAUAAUUAUAAACAUAAUAAAAGGAGGUAAAAGACUUAAUAAAAAAGAAUGAUUAAUUAAUUUUAAAAUAUUAAGAUUAAAUCUUGUAAAAUGAAAAGCUUUAAAAGCAAAAUUAAUAAUUAUCAUAAUAAAUAUUCAAUCAAUAAAAAGAUAUUAAUGUUUAUAAUUAAUAAGCUCUUGAAAAGGUAGAAUCUGCGAAUCUCUUAAAUUAAUAAUUACUAAAAUAAAUUAGUUAAUUGAAUAAUCUCAGAUAGUAAGAUUAAGAUGAGAUUAGAAAAUUAUCAUCAUAAAUAAAAGAAUUGCAAGAUUAAUAAGCCAAAUAUUUAAUUCAAAUCAGAUAAUUAUAAGAUUCUUAAAAUGCAAAAUAAGAAAAUUUAAAUUCAGAAAAAAAUGAAAUUGUUAAUUUAAAGAAAACCAUAGAUUAAUUAAUGAUUGAAAAUAAGAGAUUAAAAGUUGAUGAGAAUAAUGCUAUAAAUGAUUAAACAAAUUAAUUUAGAUUAUAAAUUAGAUAGUUAUCUUAAUAAAAUGAAACGUAAAAGUAGGAAAUAAUUAUUUUGAAAUAAUAAAUUACCUCAGAAUAAAUUAAUAAUUAAGAAGAAAUAUAAAAUUAUCGAAAACAAAUUGAAAAGAUAUAAAAUCAAUUCAAAUCAUAAAAAAAUGAAACAAAUUUAUCAUAGUUUUAGAAUCAAAUAAAAGAUUUGGAAGAACAAAAUCGAAAUUUAUAAAGAUAAAUAAGCUUAUUAUAAAAUGAUGAUUAUAAAUAAAAACAAAAAUAAAAGAAACGAGCUCUUAAGUAAAAAAUUAUAGAUUUACAGCAAGAAUUAUCAAAUUCUUAAAGAGAUUUUAGUAGAAGUGAAAAAGAUAAAUCAAAUACUUUGGUUAAAUUUUAUGAUAAGGAAAUAGAGGAGAAAUAAAGAUUAAUUAAUUCAUUAGAGGAAUAAUUUAAGAUUUUAUAAAAAGGAUAUGAAGAUUAAGAUUAAGAGAUUAAAUAAUUAGAAGAAGAAAAUAGUAAAUUAAAAUAUUAGUCAGAUAAUUACUAAAAUGAAUUAGCAAUUUUGAGAAUAAAUUAGAAUCUAUCAUUAAAUCCUAAUAUUACAAUAAAUAAUUUAAAUAUUCAAUAAGAAAAUAAAAUUCUUGAAUUAAAAAUUUAAAAAUUAACUACAUAAUUAGAUGAAUUAAAUUUAAAGCUUUAAGAUUCUGAAAAUGAUUUAGCUGAUAUGAUAGAAAACUUUAAAUAAGAAUAAUCGGUAAAAAUUUUAAUUAUUUUGAUAGAAAAAUAAAGUAUUAGAGUAGAGUCUUAGAAAUAGUAAAUUACCAUAGAGAGACAUAGAAAAUUAAUAUAAAUAAAUGAUAUUGAAAGAGUUUCCAAAUUAUGUAUGAUAUUAAUUCUACUAUUGUAAGGCUGAUAAAACUUUAGAGUAAAUGAUUAAUUAAUUAGUAAUCAAUGGAAUUCCAAAUAGAUAAUCUUAAAGAAAUCAAUAAUUUAUUGAACUUUAAUAAUAAAAUUAAGAAAUGUUAGAAGAGAUUCAAAUCUUAGUAGAGAAAAUAAAAUCAUAGGAAUUAGAGUAUAAUGAGCUUUAAGAACAACUUCAAUAAACAACUAAUUAAAAUUCAGUUCGCAGUUUAAAUCAUAAUCGUGGAAUGAGCAAUGAUUUUGAGAAGGAUAAAAAAAUUAUAGAAUUGGAAAACAAAUUAGUACUUUUGGCAAGUGAAAAUUCUAGAUUAAAUCAUAUAAAAGUAUAAUUUAUUGAUAAUAAUCUUAUAGAAUCAAUAGCAAAAGCAAUUACAAUCAUAGCAACUUACUUAAUAAGAUUUACAAAAUUAUUGA